CUCAUCCCGGCCCGGUUCAUGCUCACGAUGGGCCACCUCGUGUCGCUGCUCAUGAUCGUCUACACGAAGAAGGAGAACAUCCUCGCGGGCCUGCCGCGGGACCCGGGCAAGGCGCGCUACGACGAAGCAAAGGCCGAGUUCGAGGCCGCGUACGUCGUCUGCCUCGCGUGCUUCGUCUUCGACAUGGUCGGCAUCCUCACGGGCACGAGCCUCUUCUUCCCCAAGGCGAACCUGCUCCAGAUCAUCUGCCACUUCGCCGGCGGCGUCCUCGUGUCGUCCAUGAUCGCCCAGUCCUGGCAGUACCAGUACAUCUGGCUCGUCGUCGCGUUCUGCAACGUGCCCACGGCGCUCUGCGAGAUCGCGAUCCUCGUCGCCAUCUUCGUCCUGAAGAUCGUCGUCUUCUAA